AGCAACGGGGCGUCUUGAGCAGUUCCAACGCCCCCGCGUGGCUGAGCAAUCAACAAAAUUUCGUGUCCCGCCCGUGCGUCGACACCGAAGCAGCGGGAAUAUCGAUUGGUUCUACGCGCAUGGCGCGCGGUGCGGCCACGCCAAACCUUAGCCCCGCCCUCAUUCUACUUGUCGCAAUUCCAGGAGCCGUGGGCAUUGGUUGCUUUGUUUGCAGCUCCUUUGAUGGUAACAACAGAGCUUGCGAAGACCCAUUCAACAGCACCUUGGAAGUAUCCAAGCAGCGAGAAGCGGCUUCGGUUGCGAAUUACCAUCACCCGUGCUGGGCGUUCAAGAAAGGCCGACAAGGACUUUUCCCAGCUGAUCAUUGCAUCAAAAUCAUCGGAUAUAGAGCCGACAACUCUUCAAAAACGAUGAUAAUACGGACAUGUGCCCUCGAUUCAGGCACACUGACAGCCGAUACUGAGAUAGUGCGGAUAAGCCACUGUGGCCACUUCAAGUUCGAAGGAUUCCACUACACGGGAUGUGUGCAGGCGUGCGACUCCGACGGCUGUAACUCGUCCGUCGAACGUUCGCUUCUCGCCGCCUUAUUUACUCCGUUACUGCUCAUACUGGUAGAUCUGCUACGACCAUGACUACCGCUCUCGGCAGUUGCGAGGAACCGUCCACCACGCUCGGGCUGGCCAUUCUCAGUGCCCACACAACGGUGCGUCGGUUCCUCAGCCGCCCGCCAAACGCUCUCACACAUCCGGGUCGAAUCCUUCCUCUGUCAUGAUUUUUGAUGUAUCAAAUUACGUGCAUGAAUGUUGUUAUUAAACAGCCCUCACUUUGUAUGACAGUGUUUCGAAAUAUGUUUCCUUUCUUUCUUAACGUUAUUUCUAGUGAAGAGAUAAUGUGGGGUCACUUGUCACCCCACUCCUUUCAUGAUAUAUUUUCCGUACAUUUCUCUUCAUUUUCGUUGGUCUACUGAUGUGUUCUCAUUCUGAGUCAAGCAUUUGUAUUUCUUAUAGCGAUAUUACGCAAGAAAUUACACUCACUAGCCAUCAUUAAGUCAAAUCAAGUGUUUUUUAGUGUGAAUGGACGAAACUGUUUUGAGUGGCAGAACACAGAGAGAUCCACCUUGAAGUGCCAUUUCGAAGACUAUGUGGCAAACCAAACGCAAUCUCUAGGUUACUGCUGUUGAAAACAAAUUUCUCAACAAGUGCACCAACAUAAACUUGAGCAACACAUAGAAGAGAUAGAAAAAUUAUAGAGGGCAUUUAUAAACUUUAAGUCACCAAGAUAGGCGAAGCCUUAUAGUCUAUUGUGUCGAUUUUAUAUUCCUCUACCGAAGUUAUGAGAUGUGAGUAAAGAUUUUAUG